AUGAGCAUCUAUGAUUAUGCGACAACAGAAGCUCCUGUGGUGGACAUCUUUUGUUGGGAUGAUUGGCCGGCAUCCCAGAUCUUUCGCCAUACGACUACAGAGACUACAACUUCCACCCACCAGUCUGAGACUACGCCCAGACCAGCAGCUACUCUAACCACGCCCUUUUCGAAAGCUACGGUCAGCACCACCACAAGCCCGACGCCCACAGCUACCCCCAAUAGCUCGACUGAAGACGCCACAAGCAAUUCGUGGAUUGCUGGAGCAGUCGUUGGCCCUGUUGCAGCAUGCGCUCUGAUCGGGGCCCUGGGGUUCUGGUUGAUUCGCCGGAAGCGAACUCGAAAGCAUCUGAGCCCCCACGGGGAGAGACAUGCGGCAGAUCCAUACGCAUCUGCGACUAAACUCUCGCCAUAUAACCACUCUCCUCCGAAUGAACUUCCUGCAUACAGUGCUCAGACUGGACCCGCGGAGUUGGCAUCUCACCACUACCGGUGA